CCUGCAGGAAGCAGAGCUGCUCGCCUUCUCCUGGACCGAGACCUCCAGAGCAGCAUGUAGCAGGGAUCCCGUGGGCUGGUGGGAGCUGCUGCAACAGCUACCGAGAAGCGAAGUUUCUCUUUCUCUCUCUUACUUUUUUUUUCCCCCUUCCCGUCUUGCAAAACCCGAGAAAGUUUAGCCUCCUUCCUCAGAUCCCUGCAGCACCUGCGCCUCCCUGGAGAAAUACAUCUCACAGGAGGCUUUUCAGGUGCAGACACCUGAAACAAAACCCCAGCCCAGGGCAAGCCGCUGAGAGGCAGCAGCUCAGUGACUUGGGGAGACUUGGUGCAAACCCCCCCCCAACUGACUGCUCUUGGGGCUUUGCUGCCUUUUAACCCCUUGGGUUGGUGGUGGAGCUACUGCCUUGCACAGGGGUUGUUAGCAAGCAGGGGGGGGACCCACCUUCAGUUCAGCCUCUGAAGUAAAAAGGCUGGGGGGAAGAAGGAAUACACUGACCCUGGAGAACACACCUCCCUUGCACCUCGAGAAGAGGAGAGGAAAACAAGCUGUGUAGCACAGGGCUGGAGCAGUGGCCGCGGGACGAGCAGUUGCGCUGGGAUCAACAAGUGCGACCUCCUGGACGUCCCGCUCUGCGCCUCCCGCCCCCCUUCAGCCAGGCUUCAGGCUUUGCAACUUGCUGCUGGAAAGACAUUGCCCCUCUUUAGAGACCUCCCUUCUUGCCCGUUUAUAAAGGAUAUAAUCAUAGUUCACAUCUGCGGGAGAAAUGAUUCCCAAGCCUCGCACCGCCCUGGCUGUUUGUGUCCUACAUGGAUUGCUUUGGCUACAAGGUCUUGCUGAGAAACCAACUGUAUGGGGACCAAAGUUAAGCAUUGACAAAGAUCAGAUUGUAAUCAAAGCAGGAGAUCCCUUCACCAUAACAUGCAGGGGAGCAGCCGCCUUGACCUGGCUGCGAGGAAAUGAACCACACACAGAUGACAGCAGAUGGCACGUAUACAGCCAUGCAUGCCGAAGCACCCCAUGGGAAACCUGCAGCACGCUUAACACCAGCAAUGCUAUCGCCAAUGACACCGGUUACUUCACCUGUGGUUACAGCAGCUUCUCUUCUAGUAAAGCUUCAGUGGUCAAGAUAUACGUGUUUGUUAAAGAUAGCAGGAACCCAUUUGUUAAGAUUUUCCAUGAGUAUCCCGACGUGAUCUAUGUACUGAAUGUUACAGACGUGGUGGUUGUGCCCUGCCGAGUCACUUCACCAGAUAUCAGACCCAAGCUUUUCCAGCAUCCUUUGUCAGAAGAAUUCAGAUAUGAGAAGAUGACCUGGGACCCCAAAAAAGGAUUUGUCAUCCCCUCUCCUCCUUCCCGCUUCUUCAAGGGCCUGCUCAAGUGCAUCGCCACAGUAAAUGGAAAUGUGUUCACAUCCUACUACAUGCUACAGAAAGUGGAGGGUAGAGUACAGAGCCUGGCUCUGAAAGCAACUCCCAGAAGGCUGCUGGUUGGAGAAGCCCUCAAUCUGGAAUGCACCGCAGAGACCUUUGUCAAUGGACGGAUUGAGUUUCAGUGGCAGUAUCCCAAAAGGAGAAAGGAUUAUAAGCCUGUUUCAGCGAUGGACAAAAGUUCAUUGGUGUAUAAAUGCUCCAGCAAUCUGACUAUCCAGAAUGUUACCAUGGAAGACAAAGGCCGCUACAUCUGCCGAGUGGUCAAUGUAACAGGCCUGGAGACCAGUGCAAUGGGGCUGGAAACCAAUGUCACAAUCACAGUGUAUGACAAAGCUUUCCUUCGGGUUUCCUCUAAGAAAAGCCACUACUAUGAAGUGACAGCAGGACACAAGUUACUGAAACUGGCUGUGAAGGUGGAAGCCUUUCCCCGCCCAAAUAUUACCUGGUACAAAGAUGGCAAGCCAAUCAAGGAGAACCAUACUUGCUAUGAACCUGAUCCAAUGAAAUACAAGCUAGGCAUAAGAGAUGUGAGACUGAAGCAUGCUGGUAAUUACACCAUAGUCCUGAGCAAUGCUAAGCAUGGCCUAUAUGAGAACUUCACUCUCCAGCUGGUCGUGACAGAGAGACCGAAAAUCUAUGAAAAGGAGACUGAUUUUGAGACGGUUGAGCGGGUGGAACUGGGAAGUAAACACAGACUUCAGUGCACUGCAAGUGGCAACCCUGAGCCCAAGAUCCACUGGGAGUGGCAACCAUGCAACCAGACAGGACUUCAAUGCAGACCCCAUCAGCAAAAAAUCAUGGUUCGGAAAAACAUCACUGAGGAAGACAGGUCCAUGGGCAACAAAAUAGAGAGCAUUGAAACCAUGUCGGUCAUACAUGGAGAGAGAAAAAAGAUUGUGAGCACACUGACUACAGAGAGCAGCAGUGCAUCAGGGAUCUAUUACUGUGUGGCUUCAAACAAGAUUGGCACAGAGAAGAGGAGCAUCAAGUUCUAUGUGUCUGAUGUGCCAUUUGGUCUGCAGGCAGAGCCCCAGAUCACUGCCAUUGUGGGAAGUGACAUUCAGCUGCCUUGCAAAGCCUCCAAGUACAUCUACAACCACCUGGACUGGUAUUACCCCUCCUCAGAGGUUGUCCCCAGUGCCUUUAGAAAUAAGAGCAUUGACAAAUACUCCAUCUCCUUGAUGCUGGUCAUUACUAACAUCACACAAGAGCAUGCCGGGUUGUACAAGUGCCAAGCUCAGAAUCAGCAUAAUUCCACUGACAUGCUGGAGCAAACUACCCAGCUUGUUGUCAAAGCAAAGGCCGUGCCAUAUAUUAUUCAAAACCUCACGGACCUGGAGGUUAACAUCAGCGGCAAGAUCGUGCUGGAGUGCAAAGCAAAUGGAACCCCGACACCUCACGUUACGUGGUGGAAAAAUGGCUAUCUCAUUUCACCUGCUUCAGGAAUUUCCAUGGAAAAUAAUACCCUGAUCAUUGAGCGAGUGAAAAAAGAUGAUGAAGGCCUCUACGAGUGCAGGGUUUCUAAUGAAAUGGGCCGUGACAGUACAAUGGCAUUCAUUAAAAUAGAAGGUUCUGAAGAGAAAUCCAAUAUUGAAGUUAUCAUUUUGGUCUGCACUGGUCUAGCAGCUACUCUCUUUUGGCUGCUUCUGACUCUUUUCAUUCGGAAACUUAGAAAACCUGAUGCCACAGAUAUUAAAACAGGAUACCUGUCCAUUAUAAUGGAUCCAGAGGAAAUGCCUCUUGACGAGCAAUGUGAUCGGCUCCCAUAUGACAGCAGUAAAUGGGAGUUCCCAAGAGACAGGUUGCGGCUGGGUAAAACACUGGGUCACGGUGCUUUUGGGAAAGUGGUGGAGGCGUCUGCUUUUGGCAUAGAUAAAUCUUCAACCUGCAAAACAGUUGCUGUUAAAAUGCUUAAAGCAGAAUGUGCAACUACUAAUGAGUGCAAAGCUUUAAUGUCGGAACUGAAGAUCCUCAUCCACAUAGGACACCACCUCAACGUGGUCAACCUCCUGGGCGCCUGCACCAAAGCAGGAGGUCCAUUGAUGGUUAUAGUUGAAUAUUGCAAGUAUGGAAAUCUGUCCAAUUACUUAAGAGGCAAACGUGGGGAUUUCAUUGCAUGCAAGUCCCAGGAAAACUCUGACCAAGGAGAGAAGAGUCUGGAUGAGUCCAACAGUGAUUUAACAGAGCUGAUCAAGAGACGCCUUGAGAGUGUAGCCAGCACAGGAAGCUCUGCUAGCUCAGGGUUCAUUGAAGACAAGAGUUACAGUGACUCUGAGGAGGAUGAAGAGGAUACUGAGGAUCUGUACAAGCGACCUCUGACCUUGGAGGAUCUGAUUUGCUAUAGUUUCCAAGUGGCAAAAGGCAUGGAAUUCCUGGCCUCCCGAAAAUGCAUUCAUCGGGACUUGGCAGCAAGGAACAUCCUUUUGUCUGAAAACAAUGUAGUUAAGAUCUGUGACUUUGGCCUAGCACGGGACAUUUACAAAGAUCCUGACUACGUCCGGAAAGGAGAUGCAAGACUUCCUCUUAAAUGGAUGGCUCCAGAAGCUAUUUUUGAUAAGAUUUAUACAACCCAGAGUGACGUAUGGUCUUUUGGAGUGUUACUGUGGGAAAUAUUCUCACUAGGUGCCUCACCAUACCCAGGGGUGCAGAUUGAUGAGGAUUUUUGCCGCCGCCUCAAAGAAGGAACUCGGAUGAGAUCGCCAGAGUAUUCUACCCCAGAAAUUUAUCAAACUAUGCUGGACUGUUGGCAUGGAGUACCCACGGAGAGGCCCACCUUCACAGAGCUGGUUGAACGCUUAGGAGACCUCCUCCAGGCAAAUGUUCAGCAGGAUGGCAAAGACUAUAUUCCACUGAACAUCACAUUAUGCCCUGAUGGAGAAUCUAACCCCAAAACCUGCCCAGUGGAAGACAAUUUGAGCAGCCGCAUUAACCGCUGGAGUGCAGUGGAAGCAAGUAUUAACAGUAAGAAGCGACCACUCAGUGUGAAGACAUUUGAUGAGGUGCCAGUGGAGAAGGAGAAAGUCAUGCAUGAGGAAAGUGAGUCGGACAGCGGGAUGGUGCUGACUUCUGAUGAGAUGAAAAGCCUGAAGAGGCUGGAAAUCCGCUCCUGGCCCUACGGGAUUAUGGCUCUGGCGCGGAGAGCUGUCAGCAAGAGCAAAGAGUCCAUUCUAUCUGAGCACGAGCGUGAAGCUGUGAAAUACCAGCCAACAGUGCAGGUCGAAGAGGACGCCUUGGAUUUCACACUGGAAGACUCAGUUCUUCUGCCAAUGGAUCCAAACCUGGAAUGUCACAGUCCACCACCAGAUUACAACUCUGUCAUCCACUACUCCACCCCUCCAGUGUAACGAGUCCAGUCCAAGCCAGGUCCUGUUGUGGCUCUUUCUACAAUGCUGGAUUCUAAUGUUCUUCCACACUUGUACAGGUUGUUUAAAGGGACCAGAGUUAAAGGGGAGAAGGGAAAUCUCUCAGCACAUGGGUUGAUAUGUCCCUUUUUGAUGCAUCCCUUUGUGAAUGGAAAAACUUUAAAAGCAGUUACAGCACUACCUUAAAGGCAUAUUUCAGUUUAGCCAGUCAAUUAACAUUCUACAUACUAAAAGAAAAAAAAAAAAGCUGUGGCCCCUGCUCCUUCCGCUCCUCCCAGGACUUCUCAGUGGCAAAUGCAGAUAUGCACGUUAGUUCAGGAGCAUUCUGCUCGUUCCAUAUGAACCACUGAGGAGAGCAAAGUUGAAUAUAAUGUUGAAUCAGCCAUGCCUGUGCCCUGCAAGGAUUACACAAUAGGUGUUGUUGGGGGAUCACUAAAGAACGGCUGCUACAAACUUUGAUUUGGAUUUGGGGAACAAAUGUAAAAUUCAAGAUUAUUGUUUUAAAAAGUGAUAGGGAUUUUAUUGUCCCUCCCCAAAUGCAUUUGAAAUAGACACACAUGUUUUGCUUAAAGCUGGUAAUCUAAUAUUGUGUACGUGCUGUGACAUCAUGUUUCUGUUUACCUUCUGAAUACCAAUGUCUCUAAAAGGAAGCACUCCCUCCGGAGUCCAUGGCUGAUGCCAAGCACAGUUUGAUCUCUGGGAUGCCAGCCUGUACCAAACUGGGAUACUUCAGUGUGCACCUAGGGAACAGUCUGACCCCCUUGCCAAGGUAAACAUCAGUGUGGCAUACAAUGCCCCCUGCACCCAAACUCUGCGUGUGCCAGUCAGAGCUCUUAGAAGUCUAAUCGUCAGAGCCGACUGGAUCACAGAUCUACAGAGCUAACAUUUGAAAGAGAGCUCCCCCUCUUCCCCCGCCCCCCUCCACCAGACGCGUGUGCAGCAGGGUUUGUAGGUUUGCGAGCACGUAUACCCAUGUCCUUCUUGCAGCAGCCUCACAAGCACAAAAAUAAUCCUUGCCAUUUGAAUGUACUGUGAAGUAAUCUCAGCUGACGUUAGAAAUUGAGGAAGGGAUGAAGCAUCUAGGAUGUCAAAUCUAAAGCGUGGCUGAGGGAGAUGCUCAUUGACAGUCAAGCCUGUAACCUUUUAAAAUUAUAACUCUGUGCAGGGGAUCUUUAUGCACGUUCUUUUUGUGGGAGAACCUAUACAGCCCCUUCCCUUCCCACAGGUUUGACACUAGGUUUUGACUUCUUCAGAGGGAGAGAGUUUUUUUCAAUGAACAUAAGCCAAAGGAAAUUUAAAAAAAACAAAACUUGGCAAACAAUAUGGUCAUCUCCCCCUAACUUAUUCUACAUUAUAAAAACAACCCAGACUGUCUCAUAACAUUACAAAUGCUUAGGCAGAACUGAUUACAUCGAAAUAAAUAGGAAAGAAGCCUCAGGUAUUAUCACAGGGGAAAUGACAGGCCCAGCACCACGUUAACUGUGAAUGGCAAAGCAUCUGAAAAUGGGGUUCUUGGGAACUGAGGUCCUGGUUCUCUUUAGCUUCAGAGUGAAUCUAUAUAAAAAUAAAAGAUAAGAGAUAUGCAGUAACUCACAAUCCCCUUGUUUGUAGCAGACCUGCCAGAGAGUUGUGCUCUGUAGUUGCUUUAUGGUCAUUUUUGCACUUCUUUGUAUUUUAGUUGCUAUGCAUUAACUAGAGCUGGUCAAAUAAUGAGAGAAAAUUGGUGAGGAAAAAUGUAUCUACAGAGCUUUCUGUUGCUUGUUAGAUCAGUUGUUCGGUGAAUAUUAAAUUAACCAUCCAUAGGUCCAUUUGAAUAAUAAAAUACUUGGCUUACAAAUUAUUUAUUCUCAAGACAAAUGGAAAAAAAAUGUGCCCAUAAAUAAUUUGGCUAGCUCUGGCAUUAAUGGUGUUGAUGUGAGGUGGUUUGAUGUUGUGCCUUGCUCUGUAGCUUGUGAGAAAUUAUAGUGUGUAGAAACCUUUGCUUGUGAAAUCUAAAUAUAAGGAAGCAUCAGGAAAAAAAAAUAGCAGCUGCAAGUAUAUAAAUGUACUCUCCAUUUUAAAAAGAAAAUUGGAAACACUGCUGUGCUAAUUAGCUGCUUCCAAGAAAGCUCAACAUAUUUUCCCUUUCCUUUUUCUUAAGAACACAAUUUGCAGGGCCUUAUCUAAAACUAAAGGCAUCGGGAGAGUGUUACCUAAGUGGAACCCAAGGGGCACUUUUACUUAAGGAAACUGUGCACGUAGAGUCUCUUUAUGGCUGUUGGCCAACAUCCCUCAGGGCCGCUCUUGCGUCACAUGAAGUUGUCUAACAACACGGAAGUACAAGCCCAUGCGCUGGGGAACCCCAGUUUAAUUACUGGUUCCACCGACAGGCCUGUUAAAAUGGAGGGUCUCUUUGUAGUCCUGGAGUCAGGAGCUUUCUAGGGCUUGCCAUGCCUAGGAUGCCAAUGAUCAGUUCCUCAGUGACCCAUUCAUCUCUGGCAGUGGGUAGAAGGUUUUGGUUUAAUCCUGCCAGCGCCACAGCAUUUAGAAACUGCUUCCAAAAAGCUGCAAAUGACAUGUUCACACAGACGUGUUUCCAAUUUUUGCAUGGGGAAAUUAUUUCCCCUUGUUGGUAAAUGCAACCAGCAAAAACAUUGCCUGAAAAGUAUUAUUGAACAUAUGUGUCUUGUAUUUUAUUUACUAAUAUUUUGUUUGUCCUUUCCUCAUCCCCACUUUAUUUAAUUAUUGUUCUGUCCUUACAUUGGUGUAUAUAGUUUACCCACUAGAGGCAAAUAUAGCGAUUCAUUUAUAUGGUAAUGUAUGGAAGGUCUUAGCCAAAAGAGAAAAGGAGAUUCCCUGAUGUAACAGAGGUAAGCAUCUUUACUAAACAUUUCACUAAUGCUUGCAGGACAGGCUUCCCUUUUAAAGCACCUUCCUAGCCCCAUUUCAUAGAGACUCUCCUUUUGGCUGUUUGCAUUUUGGACUCUUGUUUAUGCCUUUUGUUAUUUAGCUUCUGUUGGAAAACAGGGGCUGGAUUCCUUCAGGAGGAAUCCAGUGGGCUUGUCGCAUUCCUUGAGGUGGCAGCCAUGCAGCUCCAGGUAAAGAGGAGAGAUUUUCACUGGCUUUCUUCUAACUCAAGGCUGACCUACUGGCUGGAAGAAGAGAGGGGGCCAAAUUGCGAAGUGAUGUAAUGUUUGAUAUUUUUCAGAUUUCUCAGGGAUUCCUGUUUGACUCCAGAGGGCAGCCAGCCACCUGCCUUGCCAAUCUGAUUCAGCUCUAUUACAUUGGCUAUUUUACGUGGUGCUUUCCCCUUCUCUUUUUAUCUUGCAACUCUGCAAUUUGAGGGCAAAGGGACUCGGAGCUCUCAGGGGCAAGGAUCAUCUUUUCCCCUGAUGACUGCUGGAGUCAGAUCAGAGGUCAGGGGCAUGCCGCUUCCACACCUACCUCAGUACAGUAUUCCAGAUGGAGUUUCUUGACCCUAAUGUUUCCUUGCCCCCAUCCCUUUUCCUCACUCUCCAUUUACCUGUGAACAUGGAAGGUUCCUGUCACUGCCUCCCUUCGUGGACCCUCCCAAAGACUUCUGGCUAAGGUCAAGGGGAGAACCAUUUUCACUCAGUCGCUUCCUCUAUACCUUGACCUUGCUGGGAAUUAAGCAGACCAUUUAAACAGGAUUUAAAUAGGCCUUUUCCACCUUGAAUUUUCCCUUCCUUGAAAAAAGUCCUUUCAUUCUGUACUACCUAGAAAUCUCACCGCAUCUCCUCUGUGAACAACAUAUGCUUCCUUCUUUUCAGGGAGUUUACGUAUUCAGUAUCCAAUACGCCAAAGUGCAAUGGAUUUGCCCCUGAAUCCCAUCCGUCUCCAUGCCUUCACUCAGCCAAUGUGAUUGUUCCCUGGCCCUUUUGCUUUCUCUUAGUCUGAAGUGGGGCAUCAAGUGAGAUCUUGGGUCUGCUCCCAACCCCCAGCCCACCACAGGCAAUGAGGAGGAUCAGAUUGAAGUGGAAAUCUCAUGUCCUAAGGUCUUUCUCUAGAGUGGGCCCAAACAUGGGAAAUAAAAUAUGAACCCCCAGUAGCUUUUGAGACAUUUAGAUUUGAAUCUCAGUAUGGAUCCAGACUCCACAGUUAUCAUCUUUAGUUUGAGCACAACUCUGUCCUGCUGCUCCCAUGGGAGCUGUGUGGAAGACUGUGGAAGGCCUUGGCACUUCCUGCCUCGUGGCAGAGGGGAAGCUAGCAUUUAAGCCUGCAACCACGCAGCCAAACCUUAUCUGCCUUUAAUGCAGUUACCAAGGUGGAAGCUUGGAUUGAUGUUUUCUAGCUCCCAAAUGUCUAGCAAACGGUUCCUAGCAAGACACGAGGCACUGGGCCUUUGCAAAAUGAGAUUCUGAGCUCAGACACAGGUCUUUUGUCUAUGAAUAAACAGGAGGGAAAAUACACAUGGGGAGGCAUGUAUUUCCCUUGAAAUAAUGGCUAAAUCUGGGGUCCUUUUUCAGUUUUUACUUUGAUCUUGAUUCAGGCAAGAUCUUUGUCAUUCAGUGGAGUAAUGACUGAGUAAGGACUCAUUAAAAAUCAAGUGUGGCCUUCAGGAACUGAGUCUAACACAAAAGUAUCAGACUCUAGAAGUGCGUUGCCUCAGUUCUGGCCUGUUUGCUACAAAUGUCUGUUUGGGACCCCAAGCCAAGUCUAUACAGGCUGUGCUUAUAGGAAGACUGAUGUAGAAUGCAGUGAGCAGAGUCCCAUUGUCCUGCUGGAUAAUCCUAUUUCGUAAGUGCUGGCUCCAUUGUUAUCCCUCAUUCAGUCUUUCCUUAGACCUUGAGCUGUCCAAGUCAUUAAUAAAAGCUGGGAAAGCCCAAUAACUGUGCAAUUAUGGACAAUAAACUAAAUAAGUGCCAUGUAUUACUCGAAUCACCAAGGAAUGUAUGUGAACCCAGUCCCUGUUUGUCUGAAGAAUGUAUGCACUGAAAACUCUGCUUUCUUAUGUAGUCAAAAUUUGUAUUGUAUCUAUUAACCAAAAAAUAAAAAGAUUCUAUAUUUAUACAG